GCAGAAAUUCGACGCGCUAGCAAGUUAGCUUCAGUUUCUGUUGCAACCAUUUAAGCCUGAUUCAAAAAAUAAAUUAGUCGCUGGACUCGAGGACAGAGGUGGCCUUGAUUUAAAUAAUUACCUAAAAUUAAGUUGUGUCAGUCAGUUAAUGAUUUGUCAAACAGUAGCAGCAUUAUAGCGAGAGUCAUUAGCAGCGAAGGCUAAGCUAACGUUAGCAGUUAGCUGGGUAACAUUAGCCGGCAUUAGCAAAUACCCAGGUUGUGUUGUCUUGCUAGAUUUUGUUUGAAGAAUGGCAACAGCCAGAAGACAGAUGAAGAAGAAACAUCCAGAAGAGAAACCAGAUAAAAAAGUGUUUGAUUUUACUCAAGAGGAUGAAAAGAAAGAGCUGAGCGGCUCAGAGGACGAUGUUAGAGAACAUGAAACUCCGAUAGGGGACAAGUUGGCCAAGAAGAGACCUGCAGCUGACUUUGAAGAGGAGGCCAGCUGUGCUGUCGGAAAUGAGGUACAGUCCAUGUUGGAGAAAUUCGGAGGUAAGCAGCACUGUGCAGCUGAUAUCAGUAAGGUGAUGCAGGCUAAGAAGAAACGUCUGGAGUGUCUGACGAAGAACUACAUGAAGGGAAGCCAACACAAACUGGAGCAGCUGUGGAACAACUACCACAGCCAGAGGCAGAAGAUGACUCAGCAGUACUCAUCGCAGGUGUCCUCUGCGCUGCAGCAGUGGGAGGCUGAAGCCCAGCGAGCUGAGGAGCAGGAGGAGAAGCUCAAUAAUCUGUUCAGACAGCAGCAGAAAAUCCUGCAGCAGGCCCGAGUGGUGCAGAACCAGAAGCUGAAGACUGUCCGAGAGCUGUACGAGCAGUUUGUGAAGAACAUGGAGGACAUGGAGAACAGCCACGAGGCUUUCCUGCAGGGGGCGCAGCAAGAGCUGAGGAAGGAGAUGGCCACCCUGCAGAAGAAGAUCCUCAUGGACACACAACAGCAGGAGAUGGCCACGGUCCGUAAAUCGCUUCAGUCCAUGUUGUUCUAGCCUGCUUCUAACCACGGCGAACGAGCUGAGGAUGCACUCUAGGUUGGCGUCGUUUACCUGCUGUGCCUUUUGUUUUUACAGAGUUAAUGUUUACGUCUGUUACUUUUUCUACUUGUUUAAUAAAAAUAUGAAUUCAUUGUUUAA